AUGGGUAAACCAAAAUCCACUCCAGUUAAGACCCAAAAAUCAAUAUCUAGUUUCUUUACUCCAAAAUCGAGUCAAAAACCUCAAAAUUCAAGCCCGCCACCUGCUUCCAAUGCCCCAGAAAAUCUCUAUGAUGCCCAAAGCGACCAGGAAACAAAUGAAACAGCGGAGAUCACUGGAAAUAGUUCGAAGCGGACAUUGGAGGAAGACGCAAAUGGAGGAAAUACCGGAGCUACAGAAAGACCAUCCAAACGUGCAAAAAAUGUUGAUGUUGAGGAAGAAGAUGGCGAAGGCUCUAGUCUGCCAGCUGCUAAUGCUCGAAAGGCGCCGUCUAGCUCAAUGCUAGGCAAGUCCAAACCAUCUACACGAACGAAUAAAUAUAUGUUCUCGGGAUUGAGUCAAUCAGUAGCUGCGGAACCUACAAUUGAGGAGGAACUCGAAGAGGAAUCGGAGAAAGCACGGAAGGCCGACUUACACAGGAAGUUUGUCAAAAAAUUGGGGCAUCCAGAUAGCAUUAAACGGAGUAUACCUGAAGAUGAUGCAGCCUUAGAGGGCGAUGAAGAUAUGGAGGAUGAGGAAGAAGCGCCUGCGCCUGUGAAGACUAAGAAGAAGGGGGCAAAGACGGGGAAGUUGACUCCAAUGGAGUUACAAGUUCUCGACAUUAAGCGCAAACAUAUGGAUACAUUGCUCAUUGUAGAAGUCGGUUAUAAGUUUAAAUUCUUUGGCGAAGAUGCAAGAACAGCAGCAAAAGUGCUCAGCAUUGUGUGUAUACCGGGCAAAUUUCGAUUCGAUGAGCAGGCGCAUCUCAAUUACUUUGCAUCUGCGAGUAUCCCCGUUCAUCGACUCCCCAUACACGCAAAGAGGCUCGUGGCAGCGGGUCACAAAAUCGGUAUAGUUCGACAAACUGAAACAGCUGCGUUGAAGAAGGCUGGAGACAACCGGAAUACUCCUUUCGUUAGAAAACUUACAAAUGUUUAUACUAAAGGCACAUACAUUGAUGAUAUUGAAGGAUUAGAUUCGACCGAUGCACCAUCUGGUGGUGCCCCUGCAACGGGCUACCUCCUCUGCAUAACGGAAACAAAAGCUAAAGGAUGGGGAACGGACGAAAAAGUUGAAGUUGGCAUAUUGGCUGUUCAACCGGCGACAGGAGAUUUCAUAUACGACAAUUUUGAGGAUGGCUUCAUGCGGAGUGAAAUCGAGACACGAUUACUACAUAUUGCCCCUUGCGAAUUUUUAAUAGUUGGGGAACUUACAAAAGCCACCGAAAAGCUUGUACAACAUCUUUCAGGUAGCACUACCAAUGUUUUUGGCGAUAGAAUCAGGGUUGAGCGGGUGGAAAAACCAAAAACUAUGGCUGCCGAGUCGUAUUCUCGUGUGGCCCAGUUCUAUGCGGACAAAUUGAAGGCUCAUCAGAGCAGCAACAAUGCGCGAGAACAGGAGCUUUUAGAGAAAGUUUUGAGACUUACUGAGCCGGUCACCAUUUGCCUGUCUGCUAUGAUUACCCAUAUGACCGAGUAUGGAUUGGAACAUGUGUUUGAUCUCACCAAAUACUUCCAGUCGUUCAGUGCUCGAUCUCACAUGUUACUAAACGGAAACACUCUCACAAGCUUGGAGAUUUAUACCAAUCAGACAGAUCAUACCGAGAAAGGGAGUCUCUUUUGGACUCUGGAUAAGACUCAAACGAGAUUCGGACAGAGGUUACUGCGAAAGUGGGUUGGUAGGCCUCUUCUCGAUAAACAGCGCUUGGAAGAGAGAGUCGCUGCAGUGGAGGAAUUGAAAGACAACGUCAACACUCCAAAAGUAGACAAAUUAAACGCCACUCUCCGGGAAGUUAGAUCAGAUCUAGAGAGGAGUUUACUCCGCAUAUACUAUGGCAAAUGCACUCGACCAGAGCUUCUCACGGUUCUUCAGACAAUGCAAAGAAUAGCUAACGAAUUUGCACAUGUCAAAAUACCCUCCGAUGCGGGAUUCGACUCGGUCCUUCUCAAUGAAGCUGUAGCAUCCCUUCCCGAAAUCGGUGGAGUUGUGAUAUCCUUCCUUGAAAAGAUCAACGCACAAGCCGCUCGAAAAGACGACAAAUACGCCUUCUUCCUUGAAGAGUACGAAACCGAAGAAAUAGGUGAGCAUAAAUGCGGCAUUGGAGCCGUGGAGCAAGACCUGGAGGCCCACCGCAAGGAGGCCGCCUCCAAAUUAUCCAAGAAAACUCCCGUCACAUAUGUCACCAUAGCUGGAAUCGAAUACCUCAUAGAAGUCCCCAACAGCGAUCUCAAAAAAGUACCCGCUUCCUGGGCUAAGAUAUCCGGCACCAAAAGUAAUUCCCGUUUCCACACACCCGAAGUCAUCAAAUUCCUCCGCGAACGUGAUCAGCACAAAGAAUCGCUCUCCUCAGCCUGCGACACCGCAUUCCUCGCCUUCCUCGCCGAAAUCUCCACCCACUACGCCCUCAUCCGUGAUACCAUAUCCCAGCUCGCUACACUUGACUGUCUCCUCUCGCUCGCAGCCGUGGCUUCCCUCCCCGGCUACUGCAAACCCACCUUCACCUCCACAACCGAAAUCUCCGUCGUCGGUGGCCGUCACCCCAUGGUCGAACAACUCCUCCCCUCAACCUAUAUUCCCAACGACACAUCGCUCUCCACCGACCCCGACAACACCCGCGCCCUUUUAAUCACCGGUCCAAAUAUGGGCGGCAAAUCCUCUUACGUGCGCCAAGUAGCUUUAAUAUCCAUCCUCGCGCAAAUCGGCUCUCACGUACCUGCUGAAUCCGCCCGCUUAGGUUUAUUAGAUGGUAUAUAUACACGUAUGGGCGCAUAUGAUUCAUUAUUUACCGCACAGUCAACAUUUAUGGUAGAGCUUUCCGAAACGGCAUCGAUACUCAAAUCGGCAAGUCCAAGAUCUCUAGUUAUAUUGGAUGAGCUGGGACGAGGAACUAGUACGCAUGACGGGGUAGCAAUAGCAGAAGCAGUGUUGGACUGGGUAGUUAGGGAAACGAAGUGCUUGUGUUUAUUUAUUACACAUUAUCAGACAUUGGCUAGCGUGGCAAGAGGAUUCGAGAAAGGAAAGGAGUUGAGGAAUGUGCAUAUGAGGUUUACUGCUGAGAGGAAUGGAAAGCAAGUUUCUAAUGCCAAUGCGGAUAAGGAUGGCGAAGAUGUUAAUGAGGAAAUCACGUUUUUGUAUGAAGUCGGAGAAGGCGUUGCACAUAGAUCCUAUGGUUUGAAUGUGGCACGGUUGGCACGAGUCCCAAAGGCAGUACUCGAUACUGCUGCGUCUAAAUCACGGGAGCUCGAGGCCGAAGUGAAACAGAAAAAGCUAUUGGGACUUUCUAAGAUGAUUUCUAAUGUACUAGAGAAUGAUGUCGACCAGCUAGAGCAGCUUAUAAUUGGUAUGGAGCAGCUGUAA